AUGAGUACCUCGGCAACCACGGAGCGCAAAUCGUUUUUGCCUUUACGGUUACGAUCAACUACUGUUGCAGGAUCGAGCAACAUACCAACAGCGACACGUUCGAUCACACCUGUUACAAUAUUCAUGCCGUCGGGUGUAGAAAAUGAGUCGAAAUUAUCUUUUUCUGUUGGAGAACGAGUCUUAGUCAAUGGACUCAAAAUCGGCACUCUUCGUUAUGCAGGAACAGUUAAAUUUGCAUCAGGUUUGUUCUACGGCGUAGAAUUAGACGAACCUGAAGGUAAACACGAUGGACAAGUGAACGAUUUUCGAUAUUUUCAAUGUCAAGCAAAUCAUGGCGUAUUCGUACCCUAUGAUAAAGUUGUCCUGGCAGCUCGAGAACGCACGCUAUCGACCUAUCGAACGAACAGUCGUUUAAAACCACCAACUGUAACACGUACUAUGACGGUUUCAACAUCGACACGCACUAAAUUCGAACGAAAUACAAUUAAACCACCUUCUGUACAUGCUCAAUUACCGGAUAUUAUACCGAGUCCAAUACCUGUAACACAGCCAAUCACUAUAAUUCGUCCGAUUAUUGAUCCAAUCGUGACUGAUGAUCAUGAUAUUAUGACACCUACAGAGCAACCAAGACUGAUCGGUAGACCUAUCCUUCAAGCUCAGCCGAUGGCGAUUGAUGAGCCUGUCGAACCUCUAGAAGCUGAUUUUACCGACAGUGUCUCGUUAAUUCUUCAUCAACUGCAGCAGGAAGAGAAACCUUCUUUUCGUCAUCCACGUGCAUCAUUAACAAUUAGUGAAGGAAGUACCAACGAUGACGACGACGCUGAUACAACCGAUGAUUGUGACAAUGAAAGUAUAGCUGAGUCGAGUAUUAGUGAACGAAUGCAAAUUAUUGGUCGUGCAUUAUCGAUCGAAGACUCGUCAAAAUGCGUUCAAACAGAUUUAUCAUUCGAUAUCAAUGAUAAUACAUUCACGGUGAUAAAUAACUUGUCAGAUUUCAAUGCGAAUAAAUCAGCAAUUGAUAGACCGAAAGUGACUACUCUCAAUAAACGAUUAAGUAUUCCAACUUCUGUGUCAAUCGUUAAAUCAGAAUCUGGACGGAAAGCAUCCGUUACAUCAUUGAACACGUCCACUGCUUCAACUCGAAGAACAUCGCUUAUACCAUCGAAAAAAGAAUCUCCAUCGAUGACUCGACAAAAUUCGAUCAAUUCAAUUGCAUCAAUAAGUUCCCAAUCAAAAUUUAAUCAAUCCUUUUCGUCAUCAACUUCUAUCGAGGAUAAUCACACUGAAACGACAUUCACUGCACGAAAAUCUUCGAAAAUGACUUUCAAAUCGUCAUCUACUAGCAUUUCAAAAGUAUCUAACUCGACCAAUCAUGAUUCUGAUAAAAAUCCGAAUUUAUCUCAACAAUUGUUCACACAAAAAGCAAUUCUUCGCCUACGCGAAGAAAACAAAGAUCAUAUGAAAAAACAAUAUCAACAGUUACUCCAUAAGUUUGAUAUAUUGUGUGUUCUCAGUCAAUAUUAUCUCUCUCAAAAUGACGAAAUCAGACAACACUACGACCGAGAACUUGCAAAAGCUCGAAAAGCAAACGAUCAACUAAAGAUUUCAAUCGAACUGCUACAAACAUCUCAUAAGGAUAAACUGGUAACAUUAGAAAAGCAUCAUCGUCAUGAAACUGACCUACUCAAAGAAAAUCAUGAAAAGCAAACGAUGGAAUAUCAACAAAAUCUUGACGAAGCAUCGAAUAAAAAUAUGGAAUUGGACACUCGUUGUAAGUUUUUGCAAGAACAAGUCGAUCGCUUUGUCGAUGAAAUGGAAAAGAGUGAACAUGCCGAUCCGUUGUCACGUCGUGUGGAAAUCUUGGAAAAAGAUCGAGCAAGUUUACAAACUGUUCUAGAAAUUCGAAACCAGGAAUUGACACAAUUAAGAAGCAAAAUCAAUGAACAAGUGUUGCAACGUGAAGAUCAAUUAGCUUUACAAAAACGAAUUGAUAUGGCUGAAAAUCGCAAUCAAGAUCUCGUUUGUUUACUUCGAAAUUGGCAAUUAAACGAAAAAGCUGUGGCUGUCGAACGUGAUCAACUGAAAGAACAAUUGGCACAACUCGAACGCGAUUAUCGACAAUUGACAUUCGAAAAUGAAACAUUAAUCUAUCGUCUUCGUGGUCGACCAUUCUGUGCAACUCAUUCUGAUUCAACAAAUUUGAAUUUAACCGCACCUAUUCAACCAAUGCGUGAUCGAACACAUAGUUUGUCGUCACUGAUGGCAAACACAUCGAAAAUCACUUGCCGUCCUCGAUCAUUAUCAUUAAAUCACAUCUGA